CUUGCACGUCGUUCUCGUCGACUGACACAGUACAUACAAAAGUCUCCUGACGCAGACGUCGACAAUUUCAACGGCUUUGUCCUUCACAUCAUGUCAGACAAUGAGGCACCAGCGACAACCCGCAAUGCCUACCAGGAGGAUAUUAUAAAGAUAUUGGUUGCGACAGACAAUCACAUUGGAUAUCUUGAGCGCGACCCAAUUCGUGGACAGGACUCUAUCAACACAUUCAAGGAAAUUCUUCAGCUUGCUGUCAAGCACGAUGUCGAUAUGAUUUUACUCGGCGGAGAUCUCUUUCACGAAAACCGCCCGUCACGCGACUGCUUAUACCAGGUUAUGGCUCUUCUCCGGGAGUACACACUUGGUGACAAGCCUGUUCAACUUGAGCUCCUUAGCAAUCCGGAUGACGGGCGAGCAGAGGGAUACAGCUUUCCAGCGGUUAACUACGAAGACCCAAAUCUCAAUGUUGCCAUUCCCGUCUUCAGCAUUCACGGUAACCACGAUGAUCCACAAGGUGCUGGGCUUCAAGGUGCUCUCUGUGCGCUCGAUGUCCUCUCUGUAUCAGGGCUCAUAAACUACAUGGGCAAGUUUGACCUCCCACUAUCCAGCGCGUCGAACCCCAACCCUGUAGAGAGUGAUUUGGGUAUAUCUAUCCGCCCUGUUCUUCUUCGCAAGGGUCAAACCCGCCUUGGACUGUAUGGAGUUGGCAAUGUCAAAGAUGCACGCAUGCACUUCGAACUCCGCAGCAACCGUGUGCGGAUGUACAUGCCUAGCGACAAGGAAGAUUGGUUCAAUGUCCUUGUGGUGCACCAAAAUCGUGUUCCCCACCCUCCAACUCCAGCUGUACCAGAAGGCCUCUUCGACGACUGUAUCGACCUCGUCGUUUGGGGCCAUGAGCACGAUUGCCGCAUUGUACCUGAGCCCGUCGCUGGUCGUCCAUACCAUAUCACGCAGCCCGGGUCGAGUGUGGCUACGAGUUUGGGCGAGGGCGAGGGAUUGGAGAAGCACGUUGCUCUGCUCCAAAUCCAUAACAAAGAAUUCGAGCUUAAGCCUCUUCCUUUGCGUACCGUACGUCCGUUUAUGUUGGGUGACAUUUUUCUCGCGGAGGCGGCAGAAGAGGAAGGAUUCGAUGUAAGCGACCAAAUUGCUGUGGGGAAGUUUUUGAGAGCAAGGGUAAACGCUCUCAUUGACCAAGCGAACCAGUUAUGGGACGAGCGCAAUGCGCACGCGGUGGAAGAAGGUGAAGAGGAGCUCCCACGAAUGCUGCCGCUUGUACGACUCAAGGUCGACACCACUAAUGUUCCUGCAAUGUCCAAUCCCAUCCGGUUCGGACAAGAAUUUACUGGGCGGAUUGCAAACCCACGCGACGUGCUCUCUUUCCACCGAUCCAAAGCCCGCUCCGCGGCCUCCCGUACCGCGACCUCUGUAGACCAACCCGAGCUAUCCAUCGACGAUCCAGACCUUACGACGAGCGAAAAAUUGGCGAAAGUUCGCGUGCAAACAUUGGUACAGGAGUAUUUAGCAGCGCAGGAGCUGCAGGUCCUCGGUGAGGCAGGUAUGAAUGAGGCGAUUAGGAUGUUUGUAGAAAAGGAUGAUGGGUGGGCUAUACAGACACACGUCUCAGGCGCUCUGCGCGCGCUCAUGAAAGGCGUACAGGAGAAUGGGGAGGUAGACGAGGAGGAGCUAGACGACGUUCUUGUCAAACUGAAGGAGCAGCACAACCAGGAGUACCUAGAAAAAGCAAAGAUGGGGAGGACAGGUAAGGGAAAGGGCAAAGAUAAAGCUUCCGCCCCAGCGGACUCCGACGCCGACUCAAUGCUCAUGGACGUCGAUGGCGGGGAAGAGGACGGAUCAGAUUUUGACGAACCCGCGCCCCCUCCGAAAAAAAAGAAAGCUGCACCCGCGAAAAAGGCUGCACCGGUAAAGAAAGGGAGGGGAAAGAAGGCUGUUGCUAGUGAAUCUGAGGAAGUCAUAGAAUUAGACGAAGACGACGAUGAGGAGGAAGACGAGGCACCGCCGAAAGUUACCAAGAAGACAAAUCGUGCCGCGGUAUUGAGUCAACCCGCAAAGAAAGCUCCUGCAAAAAAGACGACGACGAAAGCGAAAGCAUCAUCGUCGGGACAGGGCACAUUGAGUUUUGCGCCGUCAGGGCGGUCCUCUACACGGACCGCGGCAACACGGGCAAGGGGUAAAAUGGCCAAUGUGGUCGAGGUAGAUAGUGAUUGAUUUCACGGUUCCACAUGUUUUGUGUUCUCAAGAUCUCAAGCUGAAUGCACUAUCUUAGAGAAUGGCAUUGUCGCACUUUUUAUCAGAUUACCAAAUCUGACGCACUGGGCACGCAGGUACAAUCAUGAUUAGGUACGUUUAUGAAAUAGAAGCCACGGACAAGGAUGUGCGGUUAUAAGUUAUUCUCGGAAUGAACAGUUCUACCUAGUUUCCUACUGCGAG